GUUAUGAAGACACGAAUGGCCCUUCGACGCACAGGAGAUCCUAGCUCGCUAUUCCGAUGUGUACGCACAAUUUUUGAACAGGGUGGACUACGCAGCUUCUAUCGUGGUUACGUUGUCAGUAUGUCGAGUUACGUCCCCUAUUCUGGCGCUGAAAUGGCCCUCUACGAGGUAAACUCGACUUAUUAUUGA